AUGCCGACACGCAGUCCACGGUUGCGUGGCUCUUCAGGGACCUGUGCCUUCUGUGUGAGCAGGUGGAAGCGUCCACUCAGCACACGGACAUCGCCCGGACUAUGCUUUCUGGUUGCGGUGACCGUGCUGCAGAGGAUGCUGGUCUUCGCUCUCGAGGCAUUGGCCGCCGGGCUGCAGGACAAAUCCCCAGCGUACAGGACAGUGAAGAACUGGUUUGGCGUGUUCUGUGGACACAUGUAUGGCGGAACGAUUUCAGCAGACGUGCCAAAGAGAUUUUUCAGUCAUACUCUGACUCAGGUGCUAACGCACAAGCCUGUGCUGAGAGUUUCUGAUGCUGUUCGGAUGCAGAGAGAGUGGAGCUUCGCAAAGACCCACCCUCUGCUCACCAGUCUGUACCGCAGGCUCUUCGCCAUACUGGGCCCCGAGGAGCUGCUUGGCCACUUGCGGGAGGUUCUAGAAACACACGAGGUGAACUGGCGGCACGUGCUCUCCUGUGUGUCUACACUGGUGAUCUGCCUGCCCGAGUCGCAGCGACUGAUUAAAGACUGGGUGGCCCGACUGCUGGCCCGUGCGUUUGAGAACUGCGACCUGGACAGCAUGGUCACCGCGUUCCUGGUGGCACGUCAGGCUGCGCUGGAGGGCCCCUCCGUGUUCCCGUCCUACCCAGACUGGUUCCAGGCCUCCUUUGGGAACACGAGGGGGUUCCACAGCGGCAGCAAGAAGACACUGGUCUUUCUCUUCAAGUUCCUGUCAGACCUCGUGCCCUUUGAGGCACCCCGGUACCUGCAGGCACACAUUCUCCACCCACCGCUGGUGCCGAGCAAGUACCGCUCCCUCCUCACGGACUACAUCGCGCUGGCCAAGACGCGCCUGUCUGACCUGAAGGUUUCAAUGGAAAACAUGGGCCUCUACGAGGAUCUGUCUUCAGCCAGGGACAUCAUAGAGCCCGAUAGCCGAGCACAGCAGGAUGUGGAGAAGGCCAUCACGGUGUUCGAACACACAGGAAAGAUUCCUGUCGCUGUCAUGGAGGCCAGCAUCUUCAGGAGAUCCUACUACGUGUCGCACUUUCUCCCUGCCCUGCUCACUCCUCGUGUGCUUCCAAGAACCCCUGAUUCCAGAACGGCCUUGAUAGAGUCUCUGAGGAGGGCAGAUAAAAUUCCCCUGUCUCUGUACUCCACCUAUUGCCAAGCCUGCUCCACUGCCAGAGAGAAGAAGCCAGAAAGUGCAGCCCCAGGGAAGACGGCGGACGCCAGCUGCGUGGAGGAGCCUCUGGGACUGCUUGCGGCUGCGCUCAGAGAGUUCCGAGCUGCCGUGGCAGACCCCGCGCAGGGUGAUGUUCUUUCUGCUCACCUGGCACGGGUCUCCGAGCGGCUCAGCUCCGUCCUGGGCCCGGGUGAGGAGGACAGCAGCCUGGGGCGCUCUCGGGUCCAGCUCAGCCUUCGGGCUCCACACCUGGAGGCGCGGGAACAGGAGGUCGCGGACCUCCUGUUGACAUCUUUCUGUCAGAACCUGAUGGCGGCCUCCAGCUUCACACCAGCAGACAGGCAGGGUCCCUGGGCUGCGCGCUUCGUGACAACUGUGUGUGGACGCAGGCUCCUCCCUGUCAUGCUCACCCGGCUCUGCCAGCUGCUCCGUCACCAGGGCCCAAGCCUGAGUGCCUCCCACGUGCUGGGCUUGGCUGCCCUGGUCGUGCACCUGAGCGAGUCCAGGUCUGCGCUCCCAGACGUGCACGUGGCCCUUCCUGCCCCCGCCGAGAGCCUCCCUGUCCCAGAGUUCUUCAGUAGCCUUCUGCCGUUUGGAACCGCGGAGACCUCACUCUUCUGCCUGAAAUUUUGUACAGCGGCAAUUUCUUACUCUUUGUGUAAGUCUCCUUCUGUGUCGCAAGAUACUUUGUACAGCUGCUUAUCUCCAGCCCUCCUGAAAAAGUUCCAGUUCAUUCUCUUCAGGCUGUUCUCCGAAGCCCGAGAACCCCCGUGUCAGGAGGACGCAGCCGGCCUUCCCUGGAGGCUCCUGUGCCUGCCGUCCGCAGACUGGCGGCGAGUCGCCCUCUGUCUGUGGAAACAGAGAACCUUCCAAGAACUGUUGAAGGAGAAGGAAGUUCACUUGACUUACAGAGACUGGUUACGGCUGGAGCUGGAAAUCCAACCCGAGCUUGAUUUUCUUUCAGAUAUGGAAAGGUGGGACUUCCAGCAGUGGGCGAUCCGUGAGCACUUCCUCCCCGCGCCGUCUGCCGCGGGGGGUUGUGAUGGGGAGCUGCAGACCGCGUGCUCGGUUCUUGUCGAUGUGCUGAUAGACUUCUGCCACAGUUUGAGGAGUUACAACUGCUCAGAGAAUUCUGAUUUGGUUCUCGGUAGCUGCACAGGAAAUCGAGAUGUUUUUUCCAGAUUGCAGGAGAUGGCUGCUGACCUGGAACAGGGCCCAGCGGCGUCCCAGAGCUGCCGUCCUUCGCAGGGGCACUUCCUUUUCAGAGUGUUCCGCACCCGGCUCCAGGCUCUGGCAGGCGGCUGGGAUGUGGCCUCCUGCCUUCAGAGACAGCGGGAGCUACUUGUGUACAAAUGGAUCCUGCUCCGUCUGCCCCCAUCCGUUCUCGUCGGCAGCCCCCAGGCCAAACAGCCAGCCGCCCCUGACUGCACGGAGUUCUUCUGGUUGGUCAACUCUGAGCUGAGAAACUUCUGCUCUCACGGAAGUGCCCUGACCCACGACAUCACCGUCCACUUCUUCAGGGGGCUCUUCAAUGCCUGUUCACAAAGCAGAAACCCCACCCUGACCGCAGACCUGGUCCUGAGCACUUGCCAGACUGAGUGCCCCAUAGUCCUGACCUCUGCUCUGUUGUGGUGGCCACGCCUGGAGCCCGACCUUCGCAGCCGGUGGAGGAGCUGCUUCCAGGGCCCGCUGCCCCAGGAGCUGCAGAGACUGGCGGAGGCCCGGCAGUUCGGCAGGAGUUGCCUCUCCGCCGACUCGGCACGCCCCCCACCAGGCCCGGCCUGGCUCUCCGCUGCGGCGCUACACUUUGCAAUCCAGCAAGCCGGCAAAAGCAGCAUCAAGAGCCAGCUCGAGAAGCUGGACUGCCAAAGAGAGGAGCUGCUGCUUGUCCUGUUCUUCUUCUCCUUAAUGGGCCUGCUUUCGUCACACCUGACCCCACACUCAAGACAUCAGGCUGCUGACUCCCUGAAGGCUCUGGACGUCUGCGCAGAGAUCCUGGGGUGUUUGGAGAAGAGGAAGGUAUCCUGGCUGGCGCUCUUCCAGCUGACCGAGGCGGAAGGUGGCCUGGGGCCUGUCCUCCUCCGCCUGGCCCCAGACCCACACAUCAGGCUGCUGCCGUUUGCCUUCUACAGCCUUCUCUCCUAUUUCGAUGAAGACGCCCUCCUGAGGGAAGAUGCCUUCCUGCACGUCGCUGUCGACAUGUACCUAAAGCUCAUCUGUCUCUUCGUGGCUGGGGAGACAAGUGCAGUCUCGGCUCUAGCCACCAGGGGCCGGGACCUCCAGGGCCAGGGUGACCCCGUAGGCUUGAUAACAAAAGCUCGUCAUUUUCUGCUGCAAUCAAUUCCUAGGUGCCCCCAGAAGAGCUUCUCGAACAUGGCAGAGCUGCUGGCCACUAGUGGAGACUGCGACCCGGAAGUGAGCGCCGCCCUCCUGAGCAGACAGCAGGUGGCGCCUGAUGCGGAUCUCUACCAGGAGCCCCAGCUCUUCUGACUGGACCCUGCACAGUCCACAGCCCAGCUCCUUUGUAAAUAAUUUAUUACAAGCAUAACAUGGAGCUUUUGCACUAAAAAGUGGA